AUGGGCAAUUUCAGAUUUCCAUUCAAGACUAAAUUACCUCCUGGGUUUGUGAAUGCCAGGAUCUUGAAAGAUAAUUUUAAGAGGCAACAGGUAGCUGAGAAUGAAAUAACGAUCAAGGCAUUGAAAUACAUCAGCAGGAAUACGGCGUUACCUCCAAGGGCUAGACUGGAGGCCCAAUUGCAACUGAGUGUGAUGCCUAACUACACACGUUCAACUCAAGUGCAUAACAGAUGCGUAGAGACAGGUCAUUCAAGGGCUGUUUUGAGUGAUUUCAGACUAUGUAGGACUCAAUUUAGAGAAAAGGCUCUGGCAGGUGAUCUACCAGGUGUUAAAAAAGGUAUAUGGUAA